UCUUCAUUCUUCACUCCUUCUCUUCUACAAAGUACAAACCAUUUCACCAUCCAUUUCGAGAAUGGGAAGUUCUGGAACAACAGACUAUGGUGCAUACACUUAUCAAAACCUCGAGAGAGAACCUUACUGGCCAUCAGAAAAGCUCAGAAUUUCCAUCACUGGUGCUGGCGGUUUUAUUGCCUCACACAUUGCUCGCCGUCUCAAGACAGAGGGGCAUUACAUUAUUGCUUCUGACUGGAAGAAAAAUGAACACAUGAAUGAAGAAAUGUUCUGUCAUGAGUUCCAUCUUGUUGAUCUCAGGGUCAUGGAUAACUGCCUAACAGUUACCAAGGGUGUUGAUCAUGUUUUCAAUCUUGCUGCUGAUAUGGGUGGGAUGGGUUUUAUCCAGUCCAACCACUCUGUCAUUAUGUACAACAACACAAUGAUUAGCUUCAAUAUGAUUGAGGCUGCCAGGAUUAACGCUGUUAAGAGGUUUUUUUAUGCCUCCAGUGCUUGUAUCUACCCUGAAUUUAAGCAGUUGGAAACGAAUGUGAGUUUGAAGGAAUCUGAUGCCUGGCCUGCUGAGCCACAAGAUGCAUAUGGACUAGAGAAGCUUGCAACGGAAGAGUUAUGCAAGCAUUAUAACAAGGAUUUUGGAAUUGAGUGCCGCAUUGGGAGGUUCCAUAACAUAUAUGGCCCUUAUGGGACAUGGAAAGGUGGAAGGGAGAAGGCUCCUGCUGCUUUUUGUCGAAAGGCAAUUACUUCGACAGAUAGGUUUGAGAUGUGGGGAGAUGGAUUACAAACACGAUCCUUCACCUUCAUUGAUGAGUGUGUUGAAGGCGUACUUAGAUUGACUAAAUCAGACUUCCGGGAGCCAGUAAAUAUUGGAAGUGAUGAAAUGGUCAGCAUGAAUGAGAUGGCUGAGAUUGUUCUUAGCUUUGAGAACAAGAGUAUUCCAGUACACCACAUUCCUGGUCCAGAGGGAGUUCGUGGCCGCAACUCAGACAAUACACUAAUUAAGGAGAAACUUGGGUGGGCUCCAACUAUGAAAUUGAAGGAUGGGCUGAGAAUUACCUACUUUUGGAUUAAAAAGCAGCUUGAGAAAGAGAAGGAUCAAGGUAUUGAUGUAUCAGUCUAUGGAUCAUCCAAAGUGGUACAGACUCAAGCCCCAGUUCAACUAGGCUCACUUCGGGGAGCAGAUGGCAAAGAAUAAAGUGACUAAUGCAUAGUUGUAGUAAUCACCUAUAUGUUUCAAGUGAAGGGUUUAGCUUUUAUGUUGCUAUUUGGUAGAGAACUUUGGUUAAUAGUUGAUUAGUUGUCAAGUUUAUUUUUUGGAGUUUGUGCGUGUGUUCGAAAGGAAGUUGUGAUGCUCCUAUUUCUCGGGUAUAUUUUGUAGCUUGUUUGAGGCAAUACUUGAUGCUUCAGGUAUUGUUACUGCAUUAGAAAUUUUAGAUUA